AUGUACGAGUAUUUGUACUUUCAUUUUCUCCGCACAGAGGCGCGAGCGAUUUUAGCAGUUAAUCCGAAUUGCAAAUACAAAUACUUCCUGCAAAUCGAUUUGAAGGGACGAGUUCGCUGGCGUGCUCCUGGCCUGGACUGGCCCCUUAUGCUUAGACACGCGCUCCGAUGCAUUGAAGUUUUCACGCCCGAACGUGAUGGCAGUGCUUGCAUUUGCCAGCCUCUGCCAUCACUCGCACUGACCGUGGAUAACCAGCUCGUCUCGGCCCGCAAUGACUGUUUCGAACGUAUUGCGCUGGAGGCAAUGCUGCCAUUCGAGAAGACCUUCCGGACCGAAGACACCAACUCGCUGAAGAUGUGCAAGGAAAAGUGUCUGCAGGCGGGCGAGAAGUGUCAGGCGAUCUCGUUCGGUGUGCAUCGACGCGGAAACGGCACAUGUCAGUUGUCGUCGGAGCAGUAUGGGACGAGCGGAGGGCGGCCUGCAGGGGUUAUUUUCGAUCCCGACUUUGAUUUGUAUACGCGCAAAACAAAUUGCUUUGAUUUGAGCGACAAUUCGAUUCCCAUGCCCGGUGGACCAAGUCCCAUCAGCACAGGUGGUUAUGGUGGUUCCGCUCCCACACCACCCGUGCAUUUGCCCAACCGUCCUGUCGACGUUGGCAGCACGCCGCUGCUGGUGGUGAAUCCAUCGCCACCCACCACUGAUGAGCGACCUCUGGAGGGCCCGGGACCCUUACCAGGCCCCACACUGCCACCACAGCCCGGCGUUGGCGAUCGCCUGUACUUCACCCACGAUCUCUAUCCCCUCUAUAAACAUCCGAUGCUCUACGAGCACAACUAUCCGGCGCCCAAUGACGAUCUUUACAUUCCGGGUGGCUAUGCGGCCAAUGUACCCGUAGUCGAGGAUCGCUAUCGACCUCCGUAUGCCAUUGACGAAGACAGCGUGCGGCCCACGCCGCAGGGACCACCACGUCCAAUCUUUGGCCUGGGUUAUGGCAAUGGCUAUAGUUACGGCACUCCCGAGCGCUACAUGCCCACCACUAUGCGACCGGGUCCCUCUUCGGAGGAGCGACCCAGUUAUGCGCCUCGUCCAGGAAAUUACCCCAAUGAUCGCCCCACCUACCAACCGGGAACGCGACCUUACGAGAGCUCAACGCCGCCCGCAUACGGACCCCGCCCCAGCUUUGACGGACAUCGCGAGCCCAGGCCCGAUUACACAAACCGUCCAGAUCCUCCACAUGAUGGGUUCGGAAUGAGCUCUUCGAUACGACCACCUCCCUAUGCAGGCGGUAAUUCGCAUAGAGAUGAUUAUGUGCGCCGUAAUGGCACUAUAAUGCGACCAGAUGGCUACGACGAUGACAAGACCAUUGCCACUUACUUCAACCCGGAGGAUUACAUGCAAGGUGGCAAUAAAAAGAGGCCCAUGCCCGGUGAUAGAGAUAGAGAUCGGGAUCGCUAUCCCAUGGACCAAGGAAUGAGUGCCUGCUUCCGACGAGUGCUAGCCGGCAAGCGUAUAGCUCCCCAUUUCGUGCGUCGUACGAUUUCCUGCGAACGCGUGGAGGAGUGCAUGCGGGAGUGUGGCCAUGAAAAGCGCUUCAUGUGCGAGGGCUUCAACUACCGACUCGAUCCUUCCGGACAUGGACAGGGCGAUUGUGAGCUGAUCGAGAUACCGUUGUCUCAAAUGGAUCUCUAUUCAAGUCCUAAUCGGCGCGAUUCGAAUCUGCUGCGACAUCCGGACUAUGAUUAUUAUGAACGUGAUCGCAAUGCUCCUUCCAGUUGCCGGCGCAAUUUGUGCCAGGAUUGUUCCAAAGGACCGCUAACGAGCAACCCCAUAUACUUCAAGCCGAGCAGUAGCGGCUGGUCUGAUAAGAAUUAUGGGCCAAGCAGUAGUGGCUAUGGUGGAGAUGUGGGGCCCAGCAGCAGUGGCCACUACAGACCCAGCAGCACAGCUGUUGAUCAUUAUCGAGGACCUUCGGGACCGCCACAACAUCCAAGCUCUUAUGAACAUAGGCCCUAUUCAUCGGAAUAUCAUCACUCAUCCUCCUCGUCUGGUUCGUACGAGUUCUCCUCCCACGGCUCCAGUUACUUCGACCACACACCUCCAAGUAGUUAUGGUGAUCAUUCUGGUGGACGUCCCGAUUAUAUUGAUCGGCACGAUUAUGGACGUCCUCGGCCAGAACCACUUCCUUAUCGACCUGCCAGACCGGAUCGCUGGGAGACUCUGCCCAGCAGCUCGGGCUACGAUAGUUCUGCAUACAGACCUCCACGGCCUGAAACUGAUCGCAUCGACAAGUACAGACCAUCCUAUCGGCCAGGACCAGAUUAUACGCCGUAUCGCCCACACGAGCCUAGUAGACCAGGGCCAGGACCAGGACCAGGCCCAGCUCCUGGACACAACUAUCUGGACCGGGAUGGUCCCAGUGGAAGUUCCUACAAGAAACCAAACAAAUUCGUGCCUUACCUAAUUGGUGCUGAGGAGAACUGGGGCAACUAUGGCGGCAGCUACGGUGGCAGUAACAACAAGCAUACCUCAUACUGGGGCCUUAGUGAUUCACAGAGACGCAAGGAUCAGCACGAUUUCAAUUACUCUCAAUUGGGCUUACCACACCGCGACCCACCACGUGAAUCGAACUCUGUGAUAAGUUACCCCGGAUCGAGUUAUGGACACUAUGGUGGGGACGAUGAAGGUAGACGAAGAAACGACUACAGACAACAAUGGACUAGACGUCCGGGUCCGGAUGAAUGCUCGGCCAAAACCAGUGAAGGAUUCCGCCUCCACAAGACCGCCGUCAAGCAUGCAUCUACAGUGCCAACGCUGACCGAGUGCGAGCGUCUCUGCUCCGACCAGAACGGUUUCAUAUGCCACACCUACAGCUACCGCUAUAACCAGGCAGGUCGCGAUAACUGUAUGCUGUGCGACAGACCCGUCAACAUGCUGGAUUACUAUGUGGAUAUUGAGCCUGAUCGAGACUACGACAUCUACUCGAUGGCUGACGAUAUGGCUGUGUGUCGACAGCCAGGACGAAGUGACGGUCCUAGCACGGCACUCGCCAGUCCGCAGAAUGCACAGUGCUUUUUCCGCGCCAUUGAUGCCACACGCUUCUUCAAGUCGAUUGUGCGGGACUCGCUUACAGUGCGCUCCGUGGGAGAGUGUGAAAUGGAGUGCAUCAGGUCGACCAAGUUCAGCUGCCGUGCCUUCGCCUUCCGCUACGGACAACAGCGACAUGCGGGCGUUAUUGACAAUUGCCAGUUGAGUGAUUGGCCCGUUAGGGAUAUGGAUAAAGAACGGCAUCUCAUACGGGACGCCGCAUUUGAUAUCUUUGAGCGGGCUAGCUAUGGCCAUGGCUGUGAGAUACAACCCAUUGUCGAUGAGAAGCACAAGAAACUGUGUUAUCUGGGCUAUGGCUCGCCGGCGAAACUGCUGUCGCCAGCCAUCAAAAAAGUAAUAUCUGUGCCCUCGGAAAUGGCCUGCAAAAAGGAGUGCAUACGCUUUAGAGAAACCACGGCUUUCAAGUGUUACGCCUUCAGCUACGGCUCGCGGGUCAGCAACUUCAACUGCGAACUCUCUGACCUCGAUCAGAGCGAGCUCAAGCUCGAUGUGCACUACACCCAUACGAAAGAUCGCGACUUCUGGCUGUUCGCUUGGAAUCCUUUCGAUUGGACGUGUCGCGACAAAGUGAACACAAUCGGUGGCUCACGUGUGAACAACGAUCGACGCAUGGAUAUAUUUCGGGAACCGGGGGACGUAGCCUGGCGACAUUAUACAGUUUCUGGCAAGCCAUGUCGUCGUAGCAGUCCCUGCGAGAAGAAUCUGAUCACUGGUUUCUAUUCCUGUGAGACGGAUGGUGCUGAAAUUGGUUCCUGGGACUAUUGCUGCAAAGUGGAGCACCCUUGUGGUUACAGUCGGGGCUUCGACUACCCGUGGUGCUUUGUUGGUGAUGAGCCCGACCAGUGGCGGAAGUGUAGCGAUCGCUACUAUCCCGGCAGCAACAGCACUCACACCACUCAUAAUAGCAUAGCACUGGCUUCGAACAAGGACAAGAAGAAACACCAUCCAAAUCAACCAGCAACAGCUGCAUCCAGUGAAUACAAUCAGCAUCCACCUCGCCCCGGUGGGCUGCAAAGCCUGAGCGAUUUCGCUGCGGCUCGCCUGUGGCCUGUCACAUAUCUAUAUAGCGAAGGUCCACCCAACGCUACGGAGUUUAGCAACUUCGUCGACUGCAAUAAGGAGUCGUGCUAGCACUACGUACUUAGUAGUCGGUUAAGCAAAUCAGAUUUUCCAAUAGAUUGUAAGGCCCCUCCCCCAUAGGAACAGCCCACUAGAUGUACGUAACAAUGGCGAAAAAUGUUCUCACCGAAUCGCCAAAGUCACAAUGUAUUGCUGUUGUGAUUUCAUUAUGAGAUUGGAUACCUGUAUUCGUUGUGUUAUAAUCAAACUUAAUUAACACUAACUUAUUAAUUUAAAUUUCAAAAAA